UGCCUAAAUAAAAGGUAUCAUCGGUCGACUAAAACACGUGAAGAUAUAUAAACUCAUUAGCCUCCCCAAUAUUUAACUCCUUUGACGAAUAUGGAGACAAGGUUUCCAAAUGUUACAAAAACCACCCUUCCUCUUUAUCUCGGACGACAAUGAUCACAACAAUCUCCGGUACACGAGCUUGAAAGAUGUGAUCUCGAGUUCUGAUGGCUUUGGUUCGUUCUUUUGUCACUCUGUUCCUUCGCAAGACGGUGUUCUCUUGUCGGAAAUGGAUUCUUCAAACAUUGCCAUUAGAAACGCGCUAGUGAAAAGAGCAGCUUCGAUGUAUCUUCAAUCUUCUAUGAUCGUAUCAGCUCCGGACACGAACUGGUUUCAGAGAUUCUGUCUGAAAGCCAAGCAUGCGGUUGAAUGUCUCAGACCAGUUUACCGGAUUUUUUCUUGGUCUAGUUAAAGAGAUGUGUUUUAGAAAGGGUGAUUCCGGUUUGUAAAUGUGUAAAUACUGUAUGAUAUAUAAUAUAGAUAAUCAAAUAAAAUUUCAAAGCCUUUUUUUCA